GUGAAAGUAAGGACAUGCCUCGUACAGCUCCUUUAAAUGCCACUUCAGAGUAGGAAAUAAUCCGGUUUCAGAUUCAGCAGCUUCGUUUUGAAACGAACAAGUUCAUUGCUGGGAUGGCUCUGCCACCUCCAGAUCCCCAGUUUGUGCUCAGAGGUACCAGUGCUGCCAUCCACACUCUGCACUUCUCCUGUGGAGGCCAAGAACCCGAUCCCCCUGUUCUGUUCUCUGGCUCUGAGAACGGGCUCAUCCAUGUCUGGAACCUGAAAACACACAGAGUGGACACAGCACUGGAUGGCCAUGGACGAAAAUCUGUCUACUGUGUGGAGACAAUGGGUGGUAAAGACAGACUCCUCAGCCAGGGUCGGGACCAGAGGAUCUGCCUGUGGGAUUUAGCAGAGGGCCGGACCUCGGUGACGGACUCUGUCUGCACGGAGCACGUGGGAUUCUGCAGGUGCUCUCUGGUGCAGCUGGCACAGGGACGCUGGCUGAUGGCCACGGCAGCCAAAGUCCUGCAGGAGGUUCAGGUUUUGGAGCUGCCAUCCAAGACGUCAGUCUGUACCUUGAAGCCAGAGGUGGGUGCCAAGCUGGGCAUGCCCAUGUGUCUGAAGUUAUGGCAGCUCAGCUGUGGUUCCCAACCCUUGCUUCUGGCUGGCUAUGAAGAUGGAUCAGUGGUCCUCUGGAAUGUGACAAUGGGAAAAGUGUUGAGCCAACUCAUUUGCCACCAGGAGCCAGUGAUGAGCCUCGACUUUGACUCGGAGAGGACCAAGGGGAUCUCGGGCUCAUCUGAAAAGGUGCUUUGCAUCUGGAGCCUCAAUGAGCAACAGAACCUCCAGGUUUACAAAACACAUGAACUUGUCAACGCUGGCAUAUCUGACAUCACCAUCCGUCCAGACAAGAAGAUUUUAGCAACAGCAGGGUGGGAUCAUCGCAUCAGGAUCUUUGGCUGGAAAAAACUGAAGCCCUUAGCAGUGCUGGACUAUCACACAGCAACUGUCCACUGUGUGUCCUUCUCGGACCACAGGAACCCCCGUGAGAGGCUGCUGGCAGCCGGCUCCAAGGACCAGCGCAUCAGCCUCUGGUCACUGUACACCCAGAGCUGACACUGCACCAGCGGGGACUGGGGCAGCACUCCUGACACUGGAACUCAAACCUGCAUGGAGGGACCUCAGAGCAUCUGUCUCCAGGCUGAAGUGAGAGUCCCAGGUUAAUUCAUAAUGCUGCCUGUUUAAGCUGCAAAUUUUGUUUUCCAGAGAAGGACUUUUAAAAUCCAUAACAAGCAGAAAAAGGCCAGUCACAAACAAAGACACGGAACCAAGUUGCUUUGGGUUCUGCUACAGGUUUUGCAACAGCUUUUCUUUGGCAGGUUGCUGAAAUAACUUGUGCCAUUAUCUCUUGUGAAAAAGGACUGGAAUCCCUCAAACUGUGGUGGGGGCAGAGUACAUCUGUUUGUAAGCCAUUUAUGUAACCAAGAAUUUGAAUCAGUGCAAAAUAUCACUCUUUCUUGAAAAUUUAUACCCAUUAAACCACCUCCAGUGGUUUCUCAUUGUCAGUUACUUUUUCUUCCCUGUAACUGAAAGGCUAUCAGAACAACCUUGAUUUGUUCACACUUCUGUCAAGUUUCUAACUUAAACCAACAGCCAGGAAUGUGACUAGGGACGGCCUUUGGCACUUAUGAAUUUCAUUAUGUCUCCUGUCACCUCAAGCCUCACAAUUAAUCACAAGAAAGAAGGGGAAAAAUCUUCCCCUGCACUGCACUGCAAAGCUUUGCAAAGCCCUUUCCAGAGCAGUGCUAAAUCCUUCCCAUAGACCGACGAGCUGAAGGAUUUGAACUCAGCAAUCCAAUUAGCACCCUUCUCCUUGGAGAGUUCGGGGUAGGUUUCAGCAUGGCAAGUCUGAGAUUCAGCCACACAGCUCUCAUUAACAUGUAGGGGAAGUGGUGGGGUAAAUCCCUACCCACACGGUGCAAAUGGCUCCGUUAACUUGUCAUCUCUAGGGUUGUGGAAGCUAAAGUUCAUUCAUGGAGGGUUUUUUGUUUGACUCAUGAAGCAGCAUUUGCAUUCUUCUGAGGCAUUUUAGACACCCCCCCCCCGUGUGUUCAGAGCCACAGUACUGCUGGAUUGGGUCACAAAGCUGCAGUGGCAACUGUGUCCAGGCUGGGCACUGUUGAUACUUAUUGGAAAUAAUUGUUUCUGCACUAUAAAGACCUGGAAAUCAAAGAAAAAGGCACCAAAAGUGCAGUGAACAGCAACAUCAAAGACUUUAGAAAUUAUUUCAGGACAAACACACAUGGAAAUUAAGGUCUGGGUCUGUUACCCAGCUGUGCUUUGCAGGCAGAGAAUACUGCUGGACUGAAAGCCUUAAGCACCCAGCCUGGUGUUCUUUCCAUUAAAACAGAAUCAGGAUACUGUUGCCAGGCUUUUCUAAAUAAAAUGUGGCCUUACACAUUUUGGAGUGUAAUGACAGUUUAAAUAAUGCAUUUCUUUGAUUAUUUCUUUACUAUUCAGUAGCUGCAUGGAGGAUCACAUUGCAGUUGAAAGUUAAAGCCUAAUUUUGAGUGAUCCCAAGUCAAGGGGAGGUGAUGGUGUUCAUUACAUCUACCAGACAGAGUUGCACAAAUGCUCCACCUCCACCCCUCAUCCCCUCCCACACGGAGGAGGAGCUGCUCCCACUGCACACGCGGCUCCAGCCUAUGGAAUGAGGGGCCAUCUCCACAAAGCUGCUGCUGGAAGAGACCUUUCCUUUUGUUCUUUUCCCCCUUUCUUAAAUAAGUCAGAACUGACAAAGAAACAAUGCAGUGAAUAACUAGAGAAAGCACUGCUGAGUGUGGUCCAGGGACCCGUCCCAGGGAGUUGGCAAAGCUCCCACGGGGCUGUCCUGUCAGGACACACCACACUGGCCUGGGGGGGCCAGGGGGUGCAAGAGUUCCUGUCCAGCCUGCACUGCUGGGCAAUGCCCAGUGCCUGCAGGGUUACUGCUCAUCCAGCAGGAAAGGAGUCUGGGGCUCGCCCACCUUGGGCAAUGGUUACUGCAGGAAAUGAGAAGAGCCUGGUCCUGGCAGAGCAGUAGUUCAUCCUUUGGACAGGAAGGCUCUGUGCCACAGAGCGCAUGAGAACGUGGGGAAGGUGGUUUCCAGACCGACUGAUGCAAACCUGCAGCACUUGGGGCAGCUCCACGCUCAGCACACCCUUGUUCUGAGUGCCAGUGAGGAGCACCUGAUGCUCCAGGGACACUGAGGUGCCAAGGCGUGGCUCCUGCUCCUGGCACGGCUGGCUCACCGCCACCCCUGCAGCUCGAGCCCUCGGGCCCCAGAGCAGAGACCUCUGCACCUUACAGCCACUCAGCCAACAACUGCUGAUCAAACACUGCACUGGCACAGCGGCAGCCCCCUGGCAAGAAAGGAUUAAUACCCCGUGCCUCAAUAGAAGCACUAUUAGAUCAGAGCCUGAAAGCCAGGAAUUCUGGAGUAUACUAUUUUCCCUAAAAAAUGCCAUUUACUGUCAAUGUCUGUGUCUAAAGUCAUUGUGGAGACUCAUAAGGGAUGUUUAGAUUUACAAAUAGGUCCUUUGGAAAAUACUCUUAAAGAUGAGUAUGUGCUGCCACAUCUAACACUGCCUUUUGCUGGGAGUUAAAUAUUUAUAUUUGUCUGAUUAGGUAGAGUUAAAAAUAAACUUAGUCAUGCAAGUACAAAUUGAAAAUGAGGGCAUGAACUGCAUCUCACUACCAGGCAGACACAGAGGUAAAGAAUUUCAUCAGCUUCAAGAGGAAGGACACAGGUUGCAGAGCUGCUUGCAAGAACAGACCCAUCCUAUACUUCCCAUUACCAAAGCACUAUCCAGCUCAUACUUUUGCACAAUACAGUUAAUUCAUUAACACUUUACAUCACUAGUGAUUUUAUUUAAACACCCAAUAAACAGAUUUCUCUUUCACAUUAUAGUUUCCUUGAAAUGAGCAACCAGACUACAUUAGUUUGAUUUAGAGUUGAGCCUAAAUACCAUUGUUGGAUUGUGAAUUAGUCUUCUAAAAUUUUAUAUCCUUAAGGAACUAACCUGGACUUCCCCAAAGAAGAAUGAUUUCCAACAGGAAGGACAGUCUAUAUUGCUAUAGACUGUAAAACACAGUUGUCUGAGUAUAAUUGUAAAAUACAGUUGUCUGAUUGCAUCUAUUAAAGUAACAACUUUUUUAAUUAAAAAAAAUAAUUUACAGCUCAUUACAAUUGUGCCAUGAGCAUGGUUAUCACCCGAGAUUUCAGCUGACUUGCUUAGCAGGAAGGCUGUGAGUGAAGAGCCACCUUAAGCUGCUGGAGUGAGUUCUGGAAUCUCACCUGCCAGUAAGGAACAGGGCUAGCCUGUACCUGGUCUAAAGGAUUCAGGAGUGAAGGUGAUGACAGCUAAAUUAUUACAAAAGGCUUCCUCCCAAGAAUCACUGUCUUUGGCACUGUGAGAGGAAGAAAGCAACCAGCAUUCGUAAACUAACAGAAAUAAAUCCCAAACACCAGCAUUUGUACAGCCAUUACAUGGAAUAUUUAUCACCACUGGAAUGAAUGGUGAUCUCUGACCCUCUAACAUUAUUUGCAAAUGAACCCAUUAGUUAAACCCCUUUCUCUUAUCAGUACAUGAGCCAUAAAGCAUUGCAGUCCUAAGUGUAGAUGAGCAAGGAAAGAGGAGAUUAAUUGUAUUUGUAGUAAUGAGUGAAAAAGGAAGCAGGCUGGGGACCUGCAAUGAGACAGUUGUUAAAUUUAGCCUUAUGCAAUGCAAUUGCUUCAGCAAGCCAAUAAAUUAUUCUCUGCAGCUUGACUUGGAUUGUUGCAAAGGUUUGAGUUUAAAAGAGCAGAUUUUUAUAGUUAAGUUAAUACUGGUUUCUGGACUGCUUUUUGUUUUUAGCACGUUUAAGAUGCAUCUACAAAGCCAACUUACAAAUUAAUAAAUCUUCCCUUUAAUUCAGUCUGCCAAGAACAAAGAUAGAACACUGACUACUGCAGGAGCCAUGUUAGUGAUGUAAACCAAAGGAGUGGGGAUUAACCAAGGAUUACCGAGCGCUAAAUCAAUGUGUUUCCUUUUCUGGCUGUGUGUCUGUGGUGUGGAUCAUUACUUAAAACAUGGCACAGGACUGCCUGGAUGAUACCAGACACUGUUCCAGCAGUGCUGGGACACACACACAGCUGGAUGUGGAAGCACCACCACUGUGCUCCCAAGGCAGUGACAGCGCUGACUAAAGCAGAAGGCACGGGGGGUUCUGUUGCUCUCCAGUAUCCUGAAAUUCCAGCCUGGGUCCCCCUACUACAGUAGUUUUUCCAAGUAAACUGGACUGUGUUUAUCCAUGUCCUACUCUUCUGGGGCAUGCUGGAGGGUUCCUUUAUAACAUGAAGAAAACUAUCCAGAAUUAAGAUCAUACUGGGGGAUUUUGGCAGCUGUCACAGUAUUAAAUUAAAUGAAAACAUAAUGAAAACAUAAUCUCUUAGCUGUGAAUGUUUUGCUCACCUGAUUAUUGGUAUGAACAAUAUCUGUAUGUCCUGUCAGCAGUGCUAUGCACUGCUUUAUUCUGACUUACCUCAGAGGAAUUUAAUUUGCAGUUUGGUAUUAGAAGAGGAGGAGAAAGGGGAAUGAGGGUGUAAAUCAAAACAAAGAAGCAACCCGUCCCUCUGAGUUCAGUGAUAUGAAGAUUCUGGAAAGCACAAAGGGCCUUGGAGCAAACCACCUCCAGCAGUGGCCAGAUUCCUAAUGGGAAAAAGACAAGGAUGGCAGGAAUAGUGGAACCCUACAGUGAUAGGUCUGUCUUUUGAAACUUGUACACCAGCUCAUUUCAGUUUCAGAAGUAUUUGCUUUUAAUUCUCCAGCAUCCUUUUUAAAGGUGUUGGAACAUAGGAAAUCCUCUAAAACACAGCCUACACCUCUAAAUAAGGCUGUGUUCACCCAGAGGAGUGUGGACUUAUUUCUCUGCUAUGAAGAGUCAUAACACCAGAGGCUGCAAUGCCACAGGGGACAGCACUGGGAGGGACUGAGGUCCUGAAGCAGCCACAUGCACUGCAGAACCAUCCCAGAGCAGUAUUAACUAUCUUCUUACAGAAGAGUGACAUGACAGUGAAAAAAAAAUUAAUUCUAGCAAUUAUAUGUUGCAAAUUGAAGUUCUAAUAAUAAAAAAAAAAAGGGAAGAAAAAAAGCUGUUACAUUACACUGAGAUUACAGCUAGAUGCUGUUUUCUCCUAGUUUUUAUUCCCAGGAUACAUAAAUGAGGGCAGUGAAAAGCUAUAGAAACCCUUUGGUGCUUUCUGGACAGCAAUGAGCUCCCUUUCCUGCCAGCAGCAGGGUUGACUGAUCCAGACUAUGUCCAGAUCAGGGAACCUAGGGAGGAUGCUAAAAUGCUGGCUGUUAUUCCGCUCCAUAGCUCUGGCAUCCCAUGCAAGCCAAAGUACAUUUUCCAGGCACCCACUGCUUGCUAUAAACACAUCCUGGCCCAGGUAAGAAGAAAGCGGGUGUGCUGGGCCUAUGGAAUAACUUUAAACAUGGCAGAGAAUGUGGCCAUGGCAUUUGUCCUGAUGGGAAUUCCAAACCUGCCGAUACGAGAUCCCAGUGAUUCAUGGAUGCAUUGUCUCUGUGAAGGAAAAGGGUCCGGGCUGCUCUCACCAGAACACUGAGGGUAAGAAUUGUCUGCUCAGAUGGUUUUGCCUCAGAUAUUUUGAUGGCAUGCAGACCUGGCAUCCUGCUAAAUUGAGACAUUGAGUCUUUAUAGUUUUAUCUCUUGAGCCCAUCUGGUUUGAAGCAGUUGACAACAAGCAGGAAAGGGAACAGAAUGAAAGACUCACUUUAUGUUUGCUGAAAUAAAAGCAAUGUGUAAGGCAGUGCUCAGUGAGGGGCCGCUGCACUCACCCCUCACCACCCUGUGCCCUGCUCAGAGGGUUGGGACAGGACAGCUCUGCU